ACCAUCCAAGAACUGCCUCCAGGUACUGUUUUGCAAUGAGUGACCUUAACUCUACCAGUUUUAUCGCUGACGAUAAUAAUUUCUUUCUCUCUUCCAGCUGUCUGCUCAAUAAACCCCUGGAGCCACACAUAUUUGAAGGUUAUAAACUUGGUUAUGUUUGGAAAUUUUUCCAAUUUCAAUUCUAAUUUCCAAGACUGAUCAACGAUUCUGAUACACAUAUUUAACUCUUCAAUGUGUAACUUGUACGCAGGAUAGUCAAACAUUGCACAGGAAGUUCAAAUAUUUUAAAAUGUAUUAUUAAAUGAUUAAUUAGCCUUCAGAAUCUUCCCUUGUUUCUGUUUAUAGUUGACGCCAUUUAAGUGAUCAAUGAUGGCAACUUAUCGAUUAUAAAAUUCCAAAAUGUAAGAACAUUAAAUAUCCCUUAGUGUUGCGACACACUGGGCUCUUACCCGAAAACGAAGAGAUUAAAAUGCACAAUGUUUUACAUGUUAUACUUUAAAAGUGUGAAACAUAGUUUCAAAUAUUGUUAGCGUGAUUUUUUUCCAGGAGGAUGAGAUAGGGGAAAUGUAGAAUAUAUCAUACGUGUUCAGCGCGGACCAUUACCAGAGAAGACGUGGCAUAUAUAUAAGCGUUACAAUGAUUUUGUUUCUCUCCAUAAUUUGCUUCAGAUAUCUGGACUUAAUUUUCCUCUUCCUCCAAAGAAACUCAUUGGUAAUAUGGAAAGAGAAUUUAUAGCUGAAAGACAAACGGGACUUCAGAAUUAUUUAAACUUGAUCCUAAUGAAUCCUAUUUUGGCAUCAUCAUUGCCUGUGAAGAAAUUCCUGGAUCCUGAAAACUAUGCCACACCAUUCCAAGAGCUGGCAUUACAACAUGUAUCAAUGAUAUUAAGAAGUGAAGUGAAUUAUGAAGUAAUAAAACCUGUGCCAGAAAUUGGAUGGAGGUUGCGGAAACAUUACUUUCUUGUCAAAAGCCGUGUUAACCCCAAAGAGGAAAUGCUGCUAUCGUGGGUUGAGCAUGGACCGGACAAGUAUCUAGAAGACCGUGAUUUACACGGUGUGUUCAAGAGCAUAUCUGGCCUUCAGCACCCUUAUAUUCAAGGAAUUGAGUUCCUGAACUGCAACGAAGUUGGGGGAUUCGUGGUGCGCGGACUGAACAAUGCUGGAAGUUUGCGGGAUCUUCUGUGUACUGCAAAACCAAAGCUACAGUUCAUGAAGAAAUACGGAAACCCAAAGCAGUACAAACCAUUGUCUCCAAGUGAUAUGGCAUGCUUUGGGAGACAGAUCCUCGAAGUGCUCAGAUUCCUUAGUGAGAAAGGACUUCCUUUUGGCCACCUUCAUACUGGUAAUAUCAUGCUGGAAAAUGGCGAAGUGAAGCUCCUGGACAUUGAGAAUGGUGUCCUGGGUUUGCCAUCCUACUACAGGCCAUAUUUUGUUCAGCAUAAGAAGAUACAAACCCUGGAGGCUGUUGAUGUUUAUUGUUUUGGCCAUGUUCUGUAUGAGAUGGCAUUUGGCCAUCCACUGCAUGAAUCUGUCUGUGAUAUUUUCCCAUCAAGCUGUCCUCCUGUGUUGAAGUCUGUAUUGGAAUCUAUCCUGUCCACCGAAGCAUGUAAAGGUGGAUUGCCAACAAUAGCAGCUCUUCUGACACAUCCCUUCUUUAAUAGCACCGAACUAGCAUACUCUCACCAUCUCACCAACCCCUCACAGUCUGACCGACCACACCUCAAGUUCUCAUCACAUGUCAAGGAAGCUUUGAAAGUAGCUCGUCAGAAGAUUGAGAUACGACUGAAGGAUGAACAGAAAAUGGUGAGACAUCAGAAAAGACUUGUUAGAGUUCAAGAGCUUCUUAGUAAUGAAGAAGAGAAGAAGAAGAGGAAACAAAAACAGAAAGAGCAGCUUCAGAAACAGCAUCAGCAAUUAGUAUCCAAUGGAAAAUCUCCAGAGCGAUCUGAAAGCCCUAAUAGUACCAGCACUGCCACAUCAGCUGGUACAGUGACUCCACCCUCAGGUAAUUGUUUAAUUGAGUUUUCCCCACCGCCUCCCCCUCCAGUCCCCUCUGCACCAUCGCCAUUGCAGUCGGUUCCAAGUGCAGCCCCUGAACGGACUGCUCUGCUGGGAUCCAUUUGUAAUUUCAAUAAGGCUACCCUGCGUAGAACAGCUGCCACAGCAUCAGCAAGCAAUUUGAAUCAGGGCUGCAUAUUGCCGUGAAUGUGUUUUGUGUCUGUGAAAUGUACAGGUUUACACAUGUGUAACAAAUGUAUCACCAGAGAUUUGUAUGGAAUCUUCAUAUUAAGUGUUAAAUGCAACUUAAGUAAUUCUGCGAUGAAGUGAAAUAAUUCUGUUUUUUGUUUUUAAUUUCUUUGCCAUUUAAAAAGUUAAGUUAAAAAAUUCUGUUUAAAGGGGUAAUUUUAUAUUUUUACUUUUAUAAUCGUAACACUAAAUAUGAUUUUGUAUUGGACUGUUAGAUUUAAAUGGAGCCUAAAUCAACAAAACUUAAGGCUUUUGACAGUUUCUCUGUUGGAAGUUCUGUGAACAUGAUUUGAAUUAAAAUUCACAACAGCUAAAAUUUAGUGUGUAAAAUGAGGCAUAUUUUCAAGAAACUUGUUAUAAUUUUCAAGACUCAGACCCAAUACAAAAACAAUUAUUUAAAUAUUAUCGGAGAUUAAAUUAAUUUCUGUAACUUCAUUACAUAUGCAGUGUGUAUUUCCUUUCAGAAUCUAUCUUUAAAGUGACUGCAUGAAGGUGAGUGGCACAGAUACACACACACACACACACAUACAUACACACAUACAAAUAGCAUCAGCUUGGUGCUUGAAGGAACUAAAUACUUUAUAUACCAACUCUCUGAAGCUGAUUGGCUUAUGAAGACUCAAGACAGUAGAUGUGUAGUAGUGUCCAAAACUUGACCAUUGGCAUUCAUAUUGGCUACUUUAACAUUAAUGCAUUUAUUUCUUGCAUAUAAGUAUGUGAUAUGGGUUGCAGUUGAAACUCUUAAGUUUGUACAACUGAUUUCAGUUAGCAUCUUGCAAAAUGGUUACCUGCCUAAAGUAUAUAUAAAUAACUGGGAUAUUAAUACACACAGCAAAUGUCUACUUACACUGUAACUUUGAGGUUUAGUGGGUAACAGGUGCAAAAGAAAUGUUUGGUCAGUUGUGAAAAGUCCUAUUCUACAUACAUUGAAGGGUUUUAAGAAUGCUGCUUGGUAUUCAUUGUAUUUUCUGUGCAUGUUGUCAAAAGUUGGUUCUAAGAUGGUGUACUGAUUAUGCACUCAUCCAUUUAUUGGGACUUGCAUAACCUUGGAGCUGUUCAAAUUAAAUAAAAAAAAAGUUGAGUGAUACGGUUUAUUGAUACAAAAGGGUUAAGGAACAUCAUCAAAUUUUCUAUAACACAAGAACUCUGUAAGCAAAGUGACUGGCUACAUGCUGGAUGACCAGGGUUCAAUUCUUAGUAGAGGCAAGAACUUCUCUCUUUACUACUGUGCCCAGAUUAGCUGUGGGGCCUGUUAAGCAUGUUUUCUGAUGGGAAUUGGAAAUUCUUUCCCCAUUGCUAAAGAGCUGGAGUAUGUGAAGGUAACCACAGGACACUUUUCAUCCACUCCCCAUAAUCUUCAGGUUAUGGUUCCUAAGCACAGUGAGAAUUUUACCAUCAUCUACAUGAUAGGUCAUGCCAUUCAUCUGCCAGUAAGGUACUGAUUUCUCAUCACAGAACGACAGAAUUUGUUCCAGGUAGUCCAUGUGGAAUUUGUGGACAAAGUGGCCCUGGGGCAGGUUUCAUUCUGUAUCUGUCAGUUUUCCUUAGUCAAUUAUGACUACAAGUUGCAUAUAUUACAGCAUGCACACACCCAUUUCAAACUUCUUUGAAGAGGCAAGCCUAAAAAAUUGCAUGGAACAAAGAAUGUCUUCAUUUUAUAAGCAUCAGUCUUGAACAUUUUGUGUGGAAGAACUUUAAUGAUUUAACAUAGUACAGAUGUGAAGUAAAAUAAAUUUUGGAUGGUCCUGGUUGCUUCAUGUGUUAUGUUAAAUUAUUGUGCCAACUGUAUAAAUGUAAUUGAACUGUGUUCUCACUGAGAAAUUUUUGUGAAGGAUGAACAAGUAGUUUUUGAUGUUGUGUGAAGUUUUAAUUGAUUGAAGAUUUAAGUAACAAUAAUAUGCUAAUCCUCUUUUGUAACAAUAAUGUUUUCACAAACUCACUAUACAAGCAUAUAAAGGACUGUGUGACAAUUCAGUAUUUUCAGAAUGUUCUGAAGAUGUGAUUAAUAACACUUCAGUUAUGUUUUAAUAUUUUUAUAUACUAUAUGAAGUAUAUACAGUUUUACUAGUUAUAUGAAGGGAAUUAUUUUUUGAGUACAGUUGAAAAUUUGUAACGUUUUUGCAUGUAAUGUUAUGUGUGUGUGGUGUGUGCUUGUGCGUUGGGAUAGUGUAUUUGUGAUCAUUAUACAUUCCUUUCUUUUUAUUAUUAUAUCUAGUUCCACAUAAUGAUUUUAUAGUAUAAAUUAUUACUGUUAAAGAGCACAUAGGUAUGCUCAUAAUUGUCAAGACCAUACUGGAUUUAAU